CACUCAGUGACGAAGGCGCCGUUCCGCAACUUCUCAUACAGCAGUCAGUCGUGAUCGAGCGUUUGUUGUUGCCUUGUUGACUUUAAACUCGAAAUUUGUUGUUGUUUAUUUGUGUGUCAUUCUCAACUUCAAGUCGUUUCUGCUUGUUUGAUUCUCACGAAUUCGCAGAAUGGCGCCAAGAAACAAAGAAAAUAAGGAGUCCAAGCGGCGUGGUGGUGGUAGUAGCUCUAGAGAGGAGUCUGAUAAAGAAUGGGAAAAAGAUGGAGAGGAGUAUCGCAAGAGAAGGGACAGAAACAAUCAGGCUGUACGAAGGAGCCGAGUUAAAAGCAGAAUGCGUACUCAGCAAACUCUGGAGCGUGUGAACCAGUUGAAGACAGAAAACGAGCUCUUAGAAGAAAAAAUUCGGCUCCUCACAAAAGAACUAGGAUUUUUAAAAGACCUCUUUCUUGCCCACACUGGCAAUGGCAGUAUAGAUUUAAAAGACUUGGAUCUUGAACAGCUCUUGAGAGAUGACUCUAAAGAUGCUACAGCAUCUACAAGUUCAAGUUCUAGCACCCCAGCAACUAGCACAUCAAGAUCACGUUCAUCAAAACACCAUUAAUUUUUUCAGUAUUAGCGUUAUGUUUUUAACUUACCAAAGCAGUACACAAGUCCAUGUUGUACUGACCAAUUUUUCGCAACUGAAUUUGGGUUAAACCUAAAGAAAUGCAGAAUGCUCUCGCCUUAUUUUUAGCAGUUGUGGGCAGAUGUUGUCGUUGUCCCAAGUUCUAAUUUGAAAAUGAUUUUUGUUCAGUAUGUUAGUACUGUAUUUCAAAAAUGCAAUCACCUUGUAUUCUUCCAUGUCAUUCAAUGCAGUUAAAAUAGGCUAACUGUAGUUGAUUGUAUCACUCUUUAUAAUAGUUUCUUAACAUUUUAUGUGAAGAAGUUUGUGUGUUGUUUAUAAAUGUUGCAUUUCCAUAUGACAUCAGAUGAUUAAUACUUCAUGUGGGUCCUCAUUUUGAGUUUUGUAACUUUCUAA